AUGCCUGUUUACAAUUUGAUUGAACUAGAAUUAGAUGAUUAUGAGGAAAAUGAUCUAGUUCUUGAUACAAUUUAUAACUUAAGUUUAUUUUUUGAGAAUUCUACUAAUUGUACUUGCCAUCAAACUCCAAGACAAAAAGAUCUUAGAAUCUGCUUUGAAAAAGUAGGUUUUAAAUGCUUUUUUGAAAGAUAUUUUGAGUUAAAAGCUUUGGAAGAACACGAGCUUGAACUUUUUAUAAAAUUGCAAAUUAAUGAUUACUUACUUUCUACUUUACAAAAUCAUUUGCAAUCAAAUGGAUUAACUGAACAUGUUUAUGGAAAUACUGGACAUGCAUCUAAAACAGAAUCAAGAGUUUUUUUAGAGUUUAAUAUAACAUUUUCAAUUAAACAAUUUUUAAUACAAUAUGGAACAGUUCAUGAAUUUCCUUCUCCAUUAUGA